AUGUCUGGAGCCACGAACAAAAUACAAAUGGCUGGGCGCAAUCGGGAGCUGCAGACAUAUUUGAUGUCACUGGACGAUAUCGACUUGGGAGACGAAGCCCAGGAUAAGCUAUUCACCCAGUACACUAUCAAUACAGUGUAUGCGAGCUAUUCUGCAGCACAGCAUCGAGUUCGCCAGUACACUCAUCUCUUGGAGCUCCUUCAACGCGAGGUGGAUGAGUGGGCAAUGAAAGUAGAGAAGGCAAGCCAUAUUAUGCCGGACUACAAGCCUGUAUGGCUUUUACACACGCAGUGA